AUGGAAGACGAUCAUGUGGAGAGCUUCCGCCGGAUGGGAGCUUCGCGGAUCUGGGAUCAGCUGCGUUGGGUGCUGUUACGAAGUUUUGUCCCGGACACAAAAUCCGAGUUGCCUCUGGCCAUGGCGACGGCGGGCAAUCUUGACGUCGUUCAGCGGCAUGCGCGCGUGAGAAAGCCAACAGCCCCCUCCCACGCUGCUUCGACAGAUCGUGAAACAGCAUACAGCCUAUGCCUUGUCGCGCCUUGGUCGAGGGAGAUCGCGGAGCGAUAUCUAUACGCGGUUAUCGAGACGCAUCACGAGGGAGGUUCGGACCUGUUCAGGCGCUGGCUCAGGGAGGCCGUGAAGGGAACUGUACCAUCGCACGCACGCUACGUCCGACAUCUUUGGCUGGAGGCCCUCUUCCAGGGUCCCUCGACCACGGAUGAGCUUCGCCAACCUGAGCGCGAGCUCGACCCCGAGUUGCUCAUAAAUCUACUCUGGUUCUUCCCCAAUCUCGAGUCGAUCAGCUGGGCGCAGCGAUCCGUAACGGAGUUCAGCGAGCCCUGGCGACUUCAUGGACACGUCAUUCGCGCGUCGCUCUCGUUACUGCGUUGUCGCUCGCAAGUCGACGGUCCGGUGAACGGCCCGACCCGUCGCGCUCGAGAACCCGGGAUAGGCCUUCAACUCACGCUGAACUGCAAAUUGGAGCUGUAUCAACCUCAGGGUUCGCUUCAAGAUGGAGACGUAUUCGGCAUGAUCACUCACUUGCGCCUGAACGACUGCAUAUGGGUCCCGCCCCGGAUUUUGAGCAGCUACCGCAACCUUACGCACAUCGCGUUGACAAACGACGGUGCAGUGGACAUGAUGAUAGCGUUGUACCGCCUGUUCCCGCGCGCUCUUUUGAAGCUGGAGAUGUAUGUCAUCGAGAUACGUGGACGCUGCUCGCACGAAGACUGGGUACGUUGUCUCAAGAGGGUGAAGGAGGAGCGCAACAGCGGUGAACCUAUUUUCACGCUCAUGCGUCACAAGUCAUUGGAGAAGGACUGGGAAGAAGCGUUGUUGGAUGGAGGACAGAGCAUCUGGGACCGCGCGCGGACUUUCACAAGUACGCUGGACCGCGAAGAUUGGACACCUCCGCUUCCAUCAUCGAGAUGA